GUGUGUCCCAGUUUUCUGAUCAUCGCUCAGCCAUAGGGUUGGGACUGAGGCUGAGGCUGGACUGCCUCAUCCAGGAUGGAGAGCCUGACUUACAGACGCUCUCCCAUCUCCUCCGGCCUCCCUCUCCUGAGCUACAGACUGCUGGUUCUCUGAUUAAGAACAGGGGGAGGCAUUGGCCUAUAUAACCUACAGAUGUGACCUUUUAGGUACACUUUAUUUGCCUAGCUGGGUAGAGGCUUUUGGAGGCAGUGAGCUCAGGUGAGGAGCAGCAAAAAGGUGUCCGAGGGCACUCUUUGGCUGCGUCUACCCCCAGGCCGGGGGUGAAGGGAGGCUGGCUGGAACGUGCCCUGCCGCAAGCCGGGCAAGGAUGAGGCGUUUCCUGAGCAGAAAGGGCCGCUUCUCCCUGCGCCAGAGCAAGUCCGGGACCCGGAGUGCCUCCAAAGAUUUCUACCUCGGUCUCCCAGCCACCAAUCAGAACUGGCCAGAGGCGUUUGGUUUCCGGCUGGGUGGCACUGGGCCCAGCUACAUCUUAUCCGUGGUGGAGGGCAGUAGCGCCUACCUGGCUGGCCUGCAGCCCGGGGACCAGGUGGUGGACAUCGAGGGCCAGGAUGUGACCAACCUCAGCACACCGGCGCUAAUCGCCCUGGCUCAAACCCUCAAGACUGUCCCACCCAGCAUCGGAGUGGUGUCACGGAUUGAACAGAUUGACAUCACCCCUGGCCCUGAUGGCCGUUUCGGAUUCACCAUCGUUGGAGACAGCCCUCUGAUGGUGGAGGACUGCAUGCCCAACGGUCCGGCCGGUCGCAGUGGCCUGAAGGCUGGGGACUACGUCAUGGAGGUCAACGGCAUCCCAGUGAAGCAUCACGAAACAGCAGCGGCCAUGAUCAAAGCAGCUCAGGGCCGACCUCUGCGUCUGGGCGUGCUCAGUAUGGCCCGGCGACCCAAGCGGCUGAGCAGCAGCAUGAGGGUGCUGUCACAGAGCGGGGACAGUGUCAGGGAGAGUCGUGCCCACAAAGCCAUGGAGUUCAAUAAGAAGGUGGAGGAAGUGCUAGGAGAGGAGCCAGAUGUGAAGGAACAGCUGUUUGAGGUCCUGAAGCAGUACGCCGCUGAGAGGGAUGUGGAGAGUCUGGCCGAGGCCCUGCCUGAUAUCCUGAUCACGGAGGAGCAUCAGCAGCUGAUUGACAGCGUCAGGAUCUUCAUUCCCAAGAAGCACCGGGAGCGUUUUGACGAGGUGGUUUCCCAGAGCCUGAUGAGCCGGCUCAAGGGGCGGAGCUUCAGUGACCCUAGCCGUAACCGCCUUCGCCGCAGCCGGAGUGAGGAUCACCCUGAACGCCUUCUGGUCUCCACCCGCGCCAGCUCAGUGCCACGCACCCACGCAGAGGAAGGCGUGGUCCCCCCCGCCCGCGGCAUGCGAAAGACCACCUCCCUCAUAGCCGGCCACUCCAGUGGCACGACCACCAACUGCAGGACAGUGAGAGUGUGCAAGGGCAACAUGAGUUUUGGCUUCACUCUUAGAGGCCAUGCUCCAGUGUGGAUCGAUUCCGUCAUCCCUGGCAGCCCAGCAGACAAGGCAGGUCUAAAACCAGGAGACCGUAUCCUGUUUCUCAACGGACUGGACAUGAGGACCUCCUCCCACGAGAAGGUGGUGUCCAUGCUGCAGGGGAGUGGUGCCAUGCCCACUCUGGUAGUGGAGGAUGGUCCACCUACUUUCACCCUGGCAGAACAGGACCUCGCAGGGGGUGGUGUUCCCACAGAACGCGCCCGUUCCCCUGCGCUCAGCUCCCUGCAGUGGGUGGCAGAGAUUCUGCCUCCCAGUAUCAGGGUUCAGGGCCGCACCUUCGGACAGCAGCUGGAGCACCUGCUGACCAUCCAGGAGAAGUAUACUAUCUGCAAGGCGUUGGAGAACUUCUUCCAGCACAGGAAUGUUGACACUCUGAUCGUGGAUGUGUUCCCGGUGCUGGAUACUCCAGCCAAACAGGUGAUCUGGCAGUUUGUUUACCAGUUGCUGACAUACGAGGAACAGGAGCACUGCCAGAGCAAGAUCUCCCGCUUCCUUGGAUACAAACCACCAGUUCCACCACCACCACCACCACCUCCCCCACCUCCGGAGCCUGAGGUUGCCCCUGAACCCCACCGCCGUAGCAGCUCCAUGAGGGUAACAGGGACCACGUACAGGAGCAGUGUGAGGGGACGUAGCUCUGAUGACCUGGUCAUUGGCACACACUUGGGCAUGGGCUUCCGUGCAGAGCCAGUGCUGGAGACAGGGAUGAGGUUGGCUCCAGGAGAGAGACAGUCAGGAGAUGGUACCUCCCUACCUGAGACUCCUAACAAUCUCACCAAUCUGUCAGCAGUGUACGCUGAACUGGAGAACAUGUAUUCAGCCAAGAGGUCCAAGUCUCUGAAGAGCCGCCCUCCUCCUGCCCCUGAGAGCUUGCUGGAUCUGGAACCUCCUUCACGCUCAGCCUCCCCUACAAUACAUGCUAACACAGGUAGCCGUAAAGGCCCCCCACCCCCUACAUCCUGGCCGGAACCUCUCCCUAGCCCCCCUGCUUCCCAGUUCUACCCAUCAGGCUUGACAAGCCAGACCAGUGGAGAGUCUAAUCCCUACAUCAGCUUGGACAGUCCCCCACCCUCACCUCCAGAGCCUGUUGAUUUCCCAUCUAGUCCCCCAGCCCAUCGCAGCAGCAAGCGACGCUACACCUUCUCCAAACCACCCCGUUCAGAAGACACAGAUCGCUUUCUGGAUGCACUGAGUGAGCAGCUGGGACAGAGGGUGGCCAUCAUUGAUGACUUUCUGACUCCUGAGAAUGACUAUGAGGAGGAUAUUGUGCAGAUGGGCUUCCCAGAUGAGGAAGAUGAGGAUAAUGAAGAAGAGUUAGUGGUGGAUGAAGAAGAAAAUGGAGGAUUUGUGGCCCCAGAGCUGAGCAGCCCGAGUGACGUUCAAAGCAGCAGCGGAGAGGAGAAUGCCUCCUCACUCACUUAUUCCUCAUCCUCUGACCACAUCCCCCCUCCCCCGAUGACUCCUCCUCCACCCCCGCCUGUUCAGUUCAAUGACCCGCCUCCCCCACCUCCAGCACCUGCACAGGCUCAGCCUCAGCAGCAACAGCAGCAGCAGCAGCAGCAACAGCUUAACUACACCCCAGAACAUUCCCCAAGAACAUAUGUGCCCAUUCGCCGGAAAUCUGGACCCCCUCCACCACCUCCACCCCGCAGUAACCCACCACCUAAACGCCACUCUCUCCACAAAGUGCUUCCCACAAAAGAGGACUUACAGGUUCAUGCUACCAUACAAGAGCUAAAAGCCUACCAAGAGCAACAAGUAUACCAGGAGAGACAAGUCUAUGAGGAGCAACAAGCAUACAAGGAGAGACAAGUCUAUGAGGAGCAACAAGCGUACAAGGAGAGGCAGGCGUAUGAAAAACAGAAAGCCUUUGAAGAACAGCAACUGUUCCAGGAGCAGCAGGCCUACCAGGAACAACAAGCCUAUCAGGAGAAAAUCUUCAAAGAGAGACAAGCUUAUGAAGAGCAGAAAGCAUAUGAGGAGCAAAAAGCUUUCGAAGAGCAACAAAUGUACCAGGAGCAACAAGCCUAUCAAGAUAGACAAGUAUACGAGCAACGUCAAGCCUACCAGGAACAAAAAGCGUACGAACAGCGUCAAGCCUACAAGGAGCAAAAAGCAUUUGAAGAGCUCCAAGCCUUCCAGGAGCAAAAAGCCUAUGAGGAGCGUAAAGCUUAUGAGGAGCGCCAGGUCUACGAGGAGCGCCAGGUCUACGACGAGCGCCAGGUCUACGAGGAGCAACAAGCGUAUCAAGAGCAACAGAUGCAACAGAUUUACCAGAGUCACCACUCGAUGCCUGCCCAGCCAACACAGCCGAAAUCCCACUCACCACUUCCCCUCCAACAACUGCACCAGUCCUUACCCCCACUCCCCUCUCCAGACUCCACCCAUCAACACGCCAACCAUCCCCUCUAUAUGAUCCGCCAAGCACAGCAGCAACAGGCCCACCAGAGCCAUCACCACCGACGGCAGUCUCGUUCAGCCCCUCCUCCACACCAGCCGUCACCCCAACCGACAGCCCACCCUAGUCAACAAGGUCAGUACGCUGAGGGCAUCUACCAAAGUCAUCAGGGCCUGAGAUCCCACCCUCACCAUUCUUCAGCGGAGAUGCUCCACCAGAUGCACCAAGCCCCAGCCCAUCACUCCUCUGCCGAGAUGCUCCACCAGUUGCAACAAUCCCAGGCCCACCACUCAUCUGCUGAGAUGCUCCAGCAAAUGCAGCAAGCCCAUGCCCACUACUCAUCUUCAGAAAUGCUCCACCAGAUCCACAAAUCCAAGGCCCAUCAUUCUUCAACAGAGCUUCUGCACCAAGCUCAGCAAAUGCAGCAGAUGCAGCCUCACCACUCCUCAACAGAACUUCUCCAUCAAGCUCAUCAGAUGCAUCGGGGUCAACCGCACCAUUCGUCCACUGAGCUGCUCCAGCAAAUGCACAAGCCCCAGGCCCACCACUCCUCCACAGAGCUGCUCCAUCAAGUCCAUCAGAUGCACCAACCCAAGCCCCAUCACUCCUCCACGGAGCUUCUGCAUCAAGCCCAGCAGGAGCCUGCCUCCCUCCCAGUUCAACUAAAACGGGACAGCCACUCACACCAGAGCCGCAGAAGUCUCAAAGGUCAUCAUCAAACCCAAGUGUCACCUCAAGGGAGACACCAAGAGCAGCAGAUCCACCAAACCCAUCACCCCCAGCCCACCAAACCCUCCCCCCAGAGACCCCACUCUAUCCAGCAGACCCACCACCACGCCAGCACCCCUCAGAUCCACCACAUCCACCACAUGACCCCACAGCCCCCUCCGCAGGAUUACCAACACCAGAUUCAUGUCAUCCACCCUCCCCAGCAGCCCCACAGGCCCCAGCCUCUUCUCUCUACCUUUCAGCCCCUUCAGCCGCAUCAGCCCACCCUCUCCACUUUCCAGCCCCUUCCCCAACACCACCAAUCACCGCACCAAGUCCAGCCCUCCGCCCAAGCUGCCCGUCCACAGUCGCAGCCCUCACAUCACCUACUGCAGUCCCAACACCAGCCGCAAUCCCAGUCAUCCCACCAUAAACAAUGCCACAGCCCGAGUCAGCCUCAGUCCCUCCCCCACUCUCUGUCUGACCCCACAGAGCACCACGAGCCGCCUCCUCCUCCACCCCUGCCCCCACCCUGUUCCCCUCCACCAUUGCCAAGGCCCAGUCUGUCCAGGAUGGACUCCAACCACAUGAGUGUGAAGAGGCUGCGCUGGGAGCAGGUGGAAAAUUCAGAGGGGACCAUCUGGGGACAGCUGGGAGCAAAUUCUGACUAUGAUAAACUGCAUGACAUGGUGAAGUAUCUGGAUCUGGAGCUCCACUUUGGGACACAGAAGAGCUCAAUGCCUGCUCCAGAGCCAUCCCUCCAGUCAGAAACCUUCAAGAAGAAAGAUGUGAUAGAAAUUCUGUCCCAUAAAAAGGCUUACAAUGCCUCCAUCCUGAUAGCCCACCUGAAGCUGUCUCCUGGGGAGCUGCGUCAGGUGCUGAUGAACAUGGCCACUGAUAGGCUGGAGCCAUCACACAUCAAACAGCUGCUGCUGUAUGCCCCCGAUGCAGAGGAGGUCAAAAAGUACGAAGAGUACAGGCAGGACCCCAGCAAAUUGAGCGAACCAGACCAGUUUGUGUUGCAGAUGUUAUCAGUGCCAGAGUACAAGACGCGCCUCCAGAGCCUCCUCUUCAAGUGCUCUCUACAGGAGAAGACAGAGGAGUUGCGGGGAGCAUACGACUGUAUCUACAAGGCCUCCAUGGAGCUGAAGACCAGCAAGAAGCUAGCCAAGAUACUAGAGUUUGUGCUGGCGAUGGGAAACUACUUGAAUAACAGCCAGCCUAAAACCAACAAGACGACAGGCUUCAAGAUCAACUUCCUAACAGAGUUGAGCACAACUAAAACAGUGGACGGGAAGUCGACAUUUCUGCACAUCCUGGUCAAGUCGUUAUGUCAACACUUUCCUGAUGUGUUGGAUUUUUCCAAAGAUCUAACCAUGGUUCCUCUUGCAGCCAAAGCAGUAAACCAGAGGACUAUCACGUCAGAUCUGAACGACCUUCAUACAACCAUCCAGGACAUUCGCUCAGCCUGUCAGAAGAUGCCUGCGACUGCUGAGGACCGUUUUGCUGUUGUCAUGAGUAACUUUUUGGAAAACAGCCACCCAGCACUCCAGUCUCUGGAGUCCCUGCAACAGAGAGCGAUGGAAGAAUUCAGCAAAACUGCCUCUUACUUUGGAGAAGACAGCAAAGCCACCAACACAGAGGCCUUCUUUGGUAUCUUUGCUGAGUUCAUGAGCAAGUUUGAGAGAGCUCUUGGUGAUCAUCAGGCUGCAGAAAACCUGAAGAGCCCCAGGAGUCCACGAAUGGCUUCCCCACUGGCCUGGUAACACACACACAUAUAUAUGGACAUGCCUACAGUUAACACAGUAUACAUAUACACAUACACACAAGUGUUCACAUAUUUAGUGUAUACAUAUUCUGUACAUACAUGGGACAAAUGCAAACACACACACCUUACAGUGCACAUUUCUGAGCAAAAAAGCUAUUUUUAAGUGUUGUGUAUGUGUGUGUGUUUUUGGUUACAUCAAGGGAGACAGAAUGUCUUUUGCAUCAAAGAUGGAUCAUUUUGCAUUCUACCAGUGGUGUAGUGUAUGGGUCCUUUUCAAAAUAAAUCUAAGUUUUGUCGAAGCUUUAAUGGCUGAGACUUCUACAUAGAACACAAUCUUGUUUGGCCGUCAAGAUAUCUCUACUGUUUAAAAGAUAGUUACUCGGUAACAUCCUAGAGUUUAAGUUUUCUUUCUUUAAGUUUAGGUCACCUGUAAGUGCGGUAUAACAAUUCUACAGUAAAAUCUUUGUGAUAAUGUCCUUGAAUAAGAUGUAUAUUUACAAAAACAUUUUAUCCUGAAAUAGAUGUUAAUUUAAAAUAUACCCACGUGCAGUCGGUGGUUUGGAGGAAACCACAAAAGCAGUUUUCCUGUUAGUUUACAUGUUCUGUAUUUUUGUAAGCGGCCCACCACUCUGAAUGUAAUAUAGGUUCUUUACUGACUUAAGUGUAGCUUAUUUUCUCAAGUAAAACUCACACACAUCAGCUUUCCUGAUGAUGGAUUGUUUCAUUUAUCGCAUCGUGCGUAUACCUCCAUUUCAGUGGAUUUUCUUACCACAUCAGUUGUAGCUUUAAGAACUUUUUUUUUCCUAAAUGGUGUUGAUCUUGUAUGAUACCUCAAAUGCUACCAACUUGUACAUAUGAGACAAUGUCAGUGAGAAGUUGGCACUUAACUUGAGUUUUUAAAAGACAAUUUUAACUGGAUCAUUUUUAAUCUGGCUCAAAUCAGUAAUACCAGAUUAUUGAAGUGGGAUUAUGUUGAUCUGACAGCGGGCAGUGUGCAAUAUAUCAAUGUUUAGCUGUGUUCCAGUGUUAGAUAUUAUAUUCAUUAAACUGUAACAGAGAUAUCUUGUGUUUUUACCGUACCGGAUGAGACUGAAUGUUAGUUAUUACACUGAGAGGACAGCAAUGUCAUUAAUGUCAGUGUAUGAGAUGCAGCAUUUGACAAAACCUUCAACUAAUAAUACAUCAUACCAGCUUCUGAGCUAUACCAGUGCUUUGUAAAACUUAAAGCUUAGUCCCCCUGUGAUAUUUUUAAAUGUUAAGGUUAAGGUUUAAGCUGUGCAGCUAGGAUAAGUUGUCUUCUUUUUUUUUUCUGCUUAACUUACAGAACCUUGAAAGAGUUGCUGUCCAUUUAAGGCUUAUAAAGUGUUAAGUCUGUAUUUUGUAUUGUGUCCUUACAAUGCUGACAAAUAUAAAGCGCCAUAUGAAAUCUC